CUUUCUCUUUUUGGAAAUGGCGGAAGCAGUGCUCUUCAACCUCGCCACCGACAUACUGAAACUCGCUGGUUCCAUCACCAAUUCGGAGAUCAAACUUGCAUGUGGUACGAGAGAUGAGCUCGACAGUCUCGAGGGCACCGUCGAGACCAUCCGAGCUGUGCUUUUGGAUGCCGAGAAGCAGCGAUGGCGCAACCACCAGGUCAAGCUCUGGCUCGGGAGGCUCAAGGACGUGCUGUACGACGUACAGGACUUGGUCGACGAUGUCACAACCAAAGAUCUGAGGCUGAAGGUCACUCCCGGCAACAAGAUGUCGAAAGCAGUACGCGUUUUCUUCUCUAAAUCGAAUCAGCUUGCACACCGCCUCACAGUGGCUAAGGAGAUUCAGGAACUUAGGAAGAGACUGGAUCGGAUUAAAAAAGAUAGGGAGUUCCGUUUAGAGGAGCAUCAGAGUGAGGAAACAAUGGCCAUCGCGAGAGGAAGGAAACCUGAAAUUUCGGCACCCGACGAACAAAUAAUCGGUAGGAAAAAGGACAAAGAAAAGAUCAAACAACUUUUGUUUGAUUCCUCCUCUAGCAAGAGUGUGUCAUUUGUUGCCAUCGUUGGUAAAGGAGGUCUUGGAAAAACCUCACUUGCACGACUAGUGUGCAACGAUGGGGAGGUAGAAAAACAUUUCGAUCUUAAGAUGUGGGUGUGUGUAUCUAAUGUCUUUGAUGUGAAUUUGAUUAUCAAAGAAAUUCUUAAAUCAGCAAACUGUCAAGAUCAUGAGAAUAAAUCCUUAGACCAAUUGCAGAGACUUCUUCAUGAGACUCUAGGCAAGAAGAAAUAUCUGCUUGUUUUGGAUGACAUGUGGAAUGAAGUUCGGCUCAAAUGGUUGGAGCUUGGAGAUUGGCUAAAGGGUGGUGAACGGGGAAGCAAGAUACUUUUAACCACUCGCAGCCACACUGUUGCCAAGGUCACAGAUGAAAAGUCAGCUAUCUAUAAUCUACAAGGCCUAAGUACAAGCGAGUCCUGGGAUCCAUUUAGGGAAGUGGCGUUUGGAGAUAGGCAAGCAUCGGUAGACCAGAGAUUGGAGGAGAUGGGAAGAGAUAUAGUUAGAAAAUGCGUCGGGGUUCCCCUUGCCAUUAGAACUAUAGGAAGCCUUUUGUACGGCAAAACGGAAGAUCAGUGGAACCGUUACAGAGUGAAGGAACUUCCAGAAAUACCAGAAAUUGAUGUGGUUGAUAAUGGAAUUAUGCAAGUUGAGUUACGAUCAUCUCCCGUCAUGCUUGAAACAUUGUUUUGCAUAUUGCUCAUUGUUUCCAAAAGAUCAUAACUAUGAGAAAGAGAUGAUGAUACAUCUUUGGGUGGCACAAGGCUUUAUUGAGUCACGCAACGGGAGGAUAACCUUGAAGAGGUUGCCGACAAUUACUUGUCAGAACUACUAUGUAGGUCAUUCCUCGAUGCUGUAAUCAAACUCGAUGAUGGCGAGGUUCUAACUUUCAAGAUGCAUGAUCUCAUGCAUGAUCUUGCCCAAAAAGUUGCUGGAGGUGAAUGCAAGAUUGUUAAUUUUAAAGGAGGAGAUAAUGAUAGAGGAAUUCGACAUGCGUUGUUUAUUUUGGAGAUUUUCUCUGAAGAGAAAAUGGUGUCCCUGCUCAAAACAUCCAAAUUGCGGACGUUUCUCUAUUUAGGAGGUGAAUACUCUGUACUCAACUCUCCCAAAGUUUUCUCUGCGUGUAGACGUUGUCGAGCGUUGGGUUUGGACAAUAUAGAUAUUCCUCUCCUUCCUUCCUUCUUUGGAAAGUUGAAGCAGUUAAGUUUCUUUAUAUUUCUGCAAACCAAUCUAUCCAAAGUUUGCCGGAUUCAAUUACGGAUUUGGUGAACUUGCAGAUCCUCAAACUCAUUAGAUGUGGGAACCUUAAAACAUUUCCAAGAGAUUUGAGGAAAUUGGUCAACCUUAGGCACCUCUCAAUUGAUGGGUGUGACUCACUGAGCCACCUACCACCCCUGAGUGAACUCCCUUCCCUAAGGACGUUGAUUCUCAAAGACUUGGAUGCGUUGGAGUUCCUUCAACAGACAAGUGACCCGGAACAAUCCAAUACUACACGCCCCUUCUUCCCAUCUCUUGAGAAAUUGUGCCUCCACUCAUGCAGCAACUUGAAAGGAUGGUGGGGAAGAAGGCAAGUAAUAAGAGCAUAUCAAAAGCAUCGAUUAGACAAUUCACGUUCAUCCUUCCCAAAACUUCGGUCCGUGGAGAUAUGGGACUGUCCCCACUUGAAUUUCCUGCCACCAUUCCCCCAGGUGGAAUACUUGUUCACAGAUAGCACGAAAAUGUUGGAACAACAAUUGAUGGUCAAUCCAAAUUGCCCAUAAGAAGCAACAGUGGGAUCCACAUUCAUCCCUUUCUCUAAACUAAAGCAUCUAGUUCUUUAUGGUAGGGAUAUGGAGCCCUCGAUGCUCGAGACUCUACUCCGAUUAGCCAGUAAUCUCGAGUCCAUGGGCCUCCACUUUUGCAACCUAAAGAGUCUCUCUCGUGGCAUGCAGCACCUUUCCUCGCUCCAGGAACUCAACAUUUUUUGUUGUGGAGGACUCGAUUUAUCGUGCCAAGAAGACGAGCAUGGCACCCAAUGGCGAUUCCUUACGAAACUUCGUGUUCUUAAAAUCGCAGGUUUUUGGGAUUUUGUGGAAUUACCCGAGUGGAUUCAACAUCUCACAACUCUGCAAUCUCUCGAGAUUUCUUACUGUGAGAUUAUGGAGAGUUUGCCGGAAUGGAUUGGAAAUUUGUCUU